AUCAUUUGCUAGAUGAAAUUAUCGAAAUAUAAUCAUGUCAAAUAUUGGACAACCGAGAUAUUAUUAUGGAUUGAUGGAAACACCCAAUGAUUCGUCCAGUAGCAGUGCCAUGAGAGGGCGACCUUCUGGUUCCACGAGCACAUCCACCACCACCACUGCAGCAUCAAGCUGUAGGAAAAAAUCGUCUUCAAAUGUUUCGAAAUCCUCAAGGCAGUUUUCGUCAGCUUACAGCAAUCCAAGAGCAUCCUCCAGGUUGACAACACCAGGAACAUCAUCCUCUAUGUUGAGUAGUAGAACAACACCAAGGCCAUCGACCUCCAGCGCCACAACUCCAGCUCAUAAUCCCAACACUGUUAUUAUAGCUAUUGUAGAAGGUCGAGGGCUAGCUCAGGGUGAGAUUGGUAUGGCCAGUAUUGACCUGAAGCAGCCUCAUCUUAUACUCUCACAAUUCUCUGAUAACCAAACUUAUGUGAAGGUGAUGACCAGAUUGGGAAUCCUACAGCCACUUGAGAUCAUCAUGCCAAGUACUGCCUGUGAGAAUGGUAACAUGACCAAGCUGUUCAACCUAAUCACAGAACACUACCAGGAGACAAAUAUAUCCACAGUGCAGCGCAAGUACUUCAAUGAAACCAAAGGGCUGGAGUAUAUCAAACAACUGUGUUUAACAGAAUAUAGUACAGUUGUGAUGGAAGUUAUGUCAAAGUAUUACUGUCUGGCAGCAUCAGCAGCUUUGUUGAAGUAUGUUGAGUUUAUUCAGAACAUUGUGUAUGCCCCCAGCUCAUUAAAGGUAGUAUUCAAAGGUAGUGAACAGACAACCAUGAUUGAUGCAUCGACAGCCAAAAAUCUGGAGUUAGUUCAGAAUUUGAGAGAUCCACGAAGUGAUGAUACACUAUACGGUGUUCUUAAUUGUACAAAGACAGUUGGUGGAGCUCGACUGCUGAGAUCAAACAUCUUGCAACCAUUAUAUGACCAGGAGACAAUAAAUAUGCGUCUUGAGGUUGUGAGUGAACUAACACAAAAUGAGGAGCUAUUCUACAAUCUACAGACAGUGUUAGCUCGGUUCUUGGACAUUGAUCACCUUCUGUCCCAGUGUGUCCAGAUACCAAAGACAGAAACGGUUAAAACAGCAGAACAGAAGAUUACCACCGUUAUACUGCUGAAGCACACGCUAGAGCUCGUGGGACCACUGCGAACCACUCUAGAAGGAUGCAACAACAGACUCCUACAAGCCUACCAUAAGUCGCUUCAUGAUAGUAGGUUUGAGCUAAUUCUUGACAAGAUUCAGACAGUUAUUCAUGAUGAAACAAGGUAUCAAAAAGGCGCCCUCAACAUGAGAACACAAAAAUGCUUUGCAGUUAAACCUAAUAUUAAUGGUUUAUUAGACGUUGCUAGAAGGACAUACACAGAAAUUGUAGAUGAUAUUUCAGAGUUAAUUAAACAACUUGGGGAACAGCAUAACCUGCCAUUAAAGACAAGUUAUAAUGGUACACGAGGGUUCUAUAUCCAGUUGUAUUGCGGAGCUAAUUCAGGCUUCACACUGGCUAAUCUACCUUCAAAGUUCAUUAAGGUUGUAAAGUCCAGGAACAUGGCAAGUUUCACGACUACAGACUUGAUCAAGCUCAAUGAUCGCAUCAGGGAAUCUCUGAAUGAGAUUUAUCUAAUGACAAACAUAGUCGUUAAUGAACUUUUUAAUGAUAUCCGUGAGCAUAUUGGUUGCCUAUAUCAACUGACGGAAUGCGUAUCUAUGCUGGAUAUGCUCACAUCAUUCGCUCAUGUCUGCACCCUUAGAGACUAUGUAAGGCCUGAUUUUACCGAUACUUUAGCUAUCAAGCAUGGAUGCCAUCCUAUUCUAACAAAAAUUUCAGUUGAGGCACCAAUUGCAAACAAUGCUUAUGCAUCUGAAGAAAGCAAUUUUAUUAUCAUUACUGGACCAAACAUGAGUGGUAAAUCCACAUAUUUGAAGCAAAUAGCCCUGCUACAAAUCAUGUCACAGCUGGGCUGCUUUGUGCCUGCUGAGUACGUGUCGUUGAGAAUUGCAGAUCAGAUCUUCUCCAGGAUAGGCUGUGAUGAUGAUAUUGAAACCAACGCAUCUACUUUUAUGUUAGAGAUGCGAGAAAUUAAUUACAUUGUGCAAAAUGCAACUGAGAAGUCGUUAAUCAUCAUUGAUGAACUAGGACGAGGAACAAGUAGUGAAGAAGGUGUUGGCAUUUGUCAUUCCAUCUGUGAAUUCCUUCUCAGCUUUAAAGCAUUCACAUUCUUUGCAACUCACUACCAAGAGAUAACAAACCUGGACUCACUCUAUCCUAAUGUAGAAAAUUACCAUUUUGAAGUUGAACACCAUGUCACAGGUAAUGGCAACUUUCAAAAGGUAUUUUACACGCAUGUGCUGUCACGUGGAAGAACACAAGAAAAGAAUUAUGGGAUACGACUAGCUGAGGUGUCAACUCUUCCUCCAUCUAUUAUAGCAGAAGCCAAAAGAAUAUCACACAAUAUUAGUGUACAGAAGUCAAAUGGAAAAGAUAGUGAGGAAGCAAGACAAAAAAGAGCUGCAUUUCACCUGGCCAACAGGUUAAUACAGGUGGCUCGUAACUCACGGCUUGAUGAAGAGAGUUUGAAGGAAUAUGUCACCACUUUGAAGAAACAGUACGAGACAGAGAUAUGUCCUUUUGAUUCUGAAGAGUAGAUACAGUAUGUUAAGGGGAUGUGUAAAUGAGAUGGUGUGAAUC